UAAUUGCAGCAACUUUUACACGGAUGGAGGAGUGAAAUAAUUGACAAUAAACACAUAUCGUCUGCCACCGAAAAAGUAUAGGAGGAAUUCGCUGCAUUUGAAGAAAUCAUAUUAUCAAUGCUACAAGAAGGUGUCGUUUGAAACCUCGAAGGCACUGACAGCUGCUUAGACUCGGAGAAAUGGAACAUAUCCGAACGCCUAAGGUGGAGCAGGUGCAGCUGGUGGAUCGCUUCAGCAACAAAUCCACCAAUGGCACAUUGUACCUCACAGCCACACAUCUCAUCUUUGUGGAGAGCAGCUCUAACAGUUCAACCUCUGCUGGACAGGAGGUCUGGAUUUUGCACCACCAUAUCGCCUCUGUGGAGAAGCGAAGUCUAACCACCGUAGGCUGUCCUCUGGUCAUUCACUGUCGUAACUUCAGGGUGGUUCAUUUCGUGGUACAAAGAGAGAGAGACUGCCACGACAUCUACAGCUCACUGCUGUGUCUUCUACGACCAGUAAACUUCGAGGAGCUCUAUGCGUUCUCCUACAACCCCAAACAGAACGACCAGCAAAGAGAGGAAGGAUGGCAGCUCAUUGACCUGGGGGCGGAGUUUGAGAGGAUGGGCGUCCCCUGUGACCAGUGGCAGAUGACUGAUGUCAACAGAGACUAUAAGGUGUGUGAGACAUAUCCACGGGACCUUUACGUUCCAAUCACAGCCAGUAAGCCGAUCAUUGUGGGAAGCUCCAAGUUCAGAAGCAAAGGACGCUUUCCUGUCCUCACAUAUUUCUAUCAAGAGAAAAAGGCAGCAGUGUGCCGCUGCAGUCAACCUCUUUCUGGGUUCAGCGCACGAUGCCUUGAGGAUGAGAGCAUGCUGCAGGCCAUCAGCAAGGCCAAUAACAGCCGGUUUGUUUAUGUCAUGGAUACAAGGCCAAAGUUGAAUGCACUGGCAAACCGAGCUGCAGGUAAAGGCUACGAAAAUAAGGACAACUACUCCAACAUCCGCUUCCAGUUUGUUGGGAUUGAAAACAUCCAUGUUAUGAGGGCUAGCCUGCAGAAAUUACUAGAAGUGGUUGGGGUUCGGUCUCUUUCCAUGAGCGACUACCUGGUGGGACUAGAAGGCAGCGGCUGGUUGCGGCAUAUCAAGGCUAUAGUGGAUGCAGCGAUCUUUCUGUGCAAGGCUGUGACGGUGGAAGGAGUCAGUGUGUUGGUUCAUUGUUCUGAUGGAUGGGACAGAACAGCUCAAGUCUGCUCCCUGGGGACGCUGCUCAUGGACCCCUACUAUCGCACUAUCAAAGGCUUCAUGGUACUGAUAGAGAAAGACUGGAUCUCUUUUGGUCACAAGUUUACAGACAGGUGUGACCAAUUGGACGGGGAUCCAAAGGAAGUGUCUCCUAUCUUCACUCAAUUCCUGGAGUGUGUCUGGCAACUGACUGAGCAGUUUCCACAGGCUUUUGAGUUCAGUGAGUGGUUCCUGCUACAGAUCCAUGAACACGUCCACUCCUGCCAAUAUGGAAACUUCCUCGGCAACAAUCAGAAGCAGAGAGAGGAGAUGCAGUUGAGAGAGCGGACUCACUCGCUGUGGGCAUAUCUAAUGAGCGAAAAACAGAACUACUUGAAUCCGUUCUACAGUCCUGCGUUCUCUGAAGCCCAUCCUGUGCUGGAGCCGUCCAGCAUGCCCUACCAUUUCAAGUUCUGGAGGAACAUGUACCACCAGUUUGACCGUUCCAUGCACCCACGGCAGUCAAUUCUCAAAACCAUUUUGACUUUGAGAGAGAACAGCCGCAAGACAGAAAGCACGCUGCAUGCACUGGAGACUAGGCUCCAACAGCUUGGCGUGACCCCCGUCGCAACCUCUGAUCCCCUUGCGCCUCCUCCAACCAGAGAUCAGCGCUCCAACCCCCUACCCCCACGGCCCGACUCCCUCAUUUUGGGUGCACCCAUCAACCACAAAGAAGUGCAGCAUCACGAGGAUGAAGAUGAGGUGGGCGAGGAGGCCACGGAGAGCACAGACACGGAGCGGACGGUGGAGGGCAGCAGUGGUACCGGGAGCAGGAAGCAGAGCUACGGAGAACUGGAAGGGACAUACAAUAGUGGCGUCGCCAAAGAAGAGCCGGCUGUUGUCAGUCUGGAGUUCGGUGUGGCACGUAUGACCUGCUGAAACCAAACAAAGGGGAUGUGGGACUUUGAUAAAUGUACAUGGCUGACUGAGAAGGCUUACCGAAAGUGUGUGUGCGUGUGUGUGGAUUAAGGAGAAGCUGUGGUUGUGUAUGUGAUUAUGGUCCAAAUGGCUGAAAUUGUAUGUCUGUAUAGUCAAUCUCUAUGGAAAGCCUCAUUAUAAUGUCAUAUACUGCACCUAUAGUGAAGAAGAUUUUGUUUUUGUUUUUUAAAUGAAUGUUGAAAAGCACUUCAGAAACUCAUGAACGGAAUAACAGAAUAAAUCAUUUAAAAAAGUUGAUGCUCAUUUUUUCAGUUAUUUUGAAUCACUUUUAAAAUACAUGGCCUACAAAAUAAAUAAAUGGUUAUUCUUUUCUCUUUUUCGCUCUAAAUAUUGAGAAAAGCACAUUUUCUGGCACUGGACAUUUUUAGCUUCAACCGAAGGCUGGAAGCCAACCUAAUCUAACAUUUCUGAGCUUAUUUUUCUCUUGUAUGGCCGAUUAGGAAAAAAAUAGAACAUCAUACUCUACCUCAUGAGAGAUGGCAGAGCAAAUUGUGUACCAAAAUGUCCUUAAUCUGACCAGAUUCACUUUGGUUUAUUUUCUAGGCACUUUGCAAAGUCUUUAGCUUUAGUUUUUUUUAUUUUUUAAACAAUAAAAAGGAAUGUUAUGAGUACUGUGUUAAUGUUUCAAGUAUCAGGUUUGAUUUUAGCCCAUUUUAAAUUAAUAUUGUCAGACUGAUUUUCAAGUUCUUCCAUCCGUUAUCUUCCUAUAGUCACUUGAUCGUGUUGUAGCAGAGUGAAGAACAGAAAUAAAUGA